AUGAACGUGGGCCCUUACCCUCCACAGCAGCCGGGCAGCGGCGCCUUUGCGUUUAACCACAAUAAUGCAGCAGCAGCAGCUUAUCCUUACCAAGCUUCGUCUUCUCCCUCCUAUUACGGCGGCGGCGGCGGCAGCGGCAGUGGAUCUUUCACUCCGCGAUCGAAUGCCAGCCUGAACGCAGGCACGAGUCAAGCUUUCGUGCCGCCGCAGACCGGUUAUGGCAAUGAUAAUGGCCAGACUGGAGCGAUGGCGUCAACCGCCGCGAAUAUAAUGCAUGCACAGAAUCUCGUCGGCCAGCAGUUUCCUUAUACUACCACCCCGUACACCCAGUCGAUCUCUGCACAAGCACCGACACCAUCGGCAAUAUCACAGCCUAUAGCACAGCAGAUACUACAGCAGAACCACAGCGCAUCACCGCAGCCCCAAUCACGAGGCUCGCCUAAUGCGGCCGGCCAGCAACAGGUGCAGCAGCCGAAGACGCAGACACCGCCGAUAAGACACACAAUGGCGGCACCGCCUCUGCCACAAUCGCCUGCCACUGUGCAACAACCCGGCACGAGCAGUGCCUCGCCUUCCUCUGCCACACCACAGUCACCGGGCAGCGCGAUCAGAGAGCAGCAGCGUGUAGCAUUACUAUUGGACAUCAACGCCGAGCUACUUCAAGAGCUCAACAAACUCAUUGCGUCAGGCGCUGGCGGCUUAACGUCCAUGAAGCAAGUUAGUGAGCUCAAUGCCAAUGGUCAGAAUGGGGACAUGGCCUCGGAUGAUUUCAUGCACGUAUUUCGACGAUUACAGGCCAACUUGGCAUACUUGAUGCCGUUAGCGCAGAACGGUGGUAGCAGGGCGGCGAAGGGCCCGGCCACCAUGUCUGCGCCGCCACAUAUGCCCCAGAUUCAGCCCAGGUACGACCAGCUCAAAGAAUUGUUUCCUGGUUGGGUGGGGGUGGACUUUACGACACAGCAGCAAUUGUUUGGCCGAGGAUGA